UCGCGGGUGCCGCCGGGAAAAGGCGGGUGGAAAGGGCCUUUUCCGUCUGUUGUGAGCGGGAAGUUGCCGCCCGUGGGAUCCCUCCUGAGCGAAAAGUCGAGAGGAGUGCGGGUGGGUCUUUGCCGCUGAGCGUGCCCCGAGUCUCCCCUCUUCUCCCAGGAUGCUGGUGGCGUGCGGAAUGCAGCGGUGUCACCAGGAAGCGCUCAAGAAGAACCGGGUGAUCCUGGCGAAGCAGCUUGUGUUGCAUGUACUGGUGGAGCACUUGGUAGAGAAAGACAUCAUCACCCCGGAGAUGGUGGAAAUGAUACAGGCGAAGUCCGGGAGCUUCGACCGAAAUGUGGAAUUCCUCAAUUUGCUGCCCAAGAGAGGCCCUAAUGCCUUCUCAGCCUUCUGUGAAGCUUUACGAGAAACCCAACAGCAGCAUCUGGAGGCAAGGAUCUUGAAGACAGUGUCCGACAUGAGCCAUGAGAUUGCAAGGCUUGAGCACUGUCACAGAUCAGAUCUUCCAUUCCCUGUCAGUGAGUCCUGUAAUUCAAAGAGACCACGCUGGAUUGGACCAAUGGAAGCUUCCUUGGAUAAUGGAGAUGGUCACUCAAUUCCUCCAGUGAAAUAUUGCACUCCUGAAUUUUAUCGUGAUCAUCAGCACUUGGCAUACAAGGUGAUAUCAGAGCCCCGAGGCUUAGCACUUAUUCUCAGCAAUGUCAAUUUCAGCUGUGAGAAGGACUUGGAGUAUCGCAAAGGGGGAGACGUGGACUGCGCUUCCCUGGAGGUGCUUUUCAAGCACCUUGGGUAUCAAGUGACUGUUCUUCCUAAUCGAACUGCACAGGAGAUGCAGAAUGCAUUGGAGAGAUUCUCCAAGCUGCCAGAUCAUCAGUAUGUGGAUUCCUGCAUUGUAGCUUUGCUUUCCCAUGGUGUGGAGGGUGCGGUUUAUGGUACUGAUGGCAAGCUACUACAGUUGCAGGAGGUUUUCCGGCUCUUUGAUAACGCAAACUGUCCAAAUCUCCAGAAUAAACCUAAAAUGUUCUUUAUUCAGGCCUGCCGGGGAGAUAAGUUUGACCAGGGAGUGGAUCAAAGAGAUGGGAAAGAACGGUCAGAUUCCUCAGGCUGUGAGGAAAGUGAUGCAAACAAGGAAGAAAGUCUCAAGCUGCGUCUGCCUACAUGCUCGGAUAUGAUCUGUGGAUAUGCUUGUCUGAAAGGCACUGUGGCCAUUCGAAACACCAAGCAUGGAUCCUGGUAUAUCGAAGCUCUCACCUCUGUGUUUGCAGAGGACUCCCGAGACACUCACGUGGCUGACAUGUUGGUGAAGGUGAAUAGGCAAAUCAAGCAACGAGAGGCUUAUGCCCCAGACACAGAAUUUCACCGCUGCAAGGAAAUGUCAGAAUAUUGUAGCACGCUCUGUCGGGACCUUUACCUGUUUCCUGGCUAUCUACCAGGAAAAUAACCUUCUGUGUUUGACGAGGGAUACUGCCAAACCUGAACUUUGACUAUGGAUGUCUGCAUUUUUAUUCUUAUUGACUGUGACAUCAGAUGUGCAAGCAAGGAAUGCUUCUUCAUCUGGCCAGUCCAAUUCUUGCUUGAUGUGUUUUUUUAAAAUAUUCUGGCAACUCUCUUUGUAAUCUGAUUCAGUUCAGGGUUUAAAAUUCUAAUAUCCUAAUUUGCUUUGUGUGUAUAGAAAUGGAUGGAAAGAGGAUCAGCACUAGAAUUUGGAAGAAGUGGGAACAUCCUUUGGAAGGAGAUGUGAGGACAUUUGUAAACAAAGUGAAAGUGAAAAUGGACUAUUAGUACAGCUUUUAAAAAAAGUUAAGCCUUUCUGAAAGGAAAAUUAGUCAUAAAAUGCUACUUAUCUUAUGCUUGUAUUUUAAAUACUUUCUGUGUGGUUCUUCAUACGGGACAGUUUACUACUGUGUAUAUUAGAAAAAGAGCUCCCUUGUGAAGGAGAAUUCUCCCCCUCUUUAAAAUGAAAGGUUAUGUUCUCAGUAUUCAGCACUUUCCUACCCAUUGUGAUCACUUAAAAGUCUAUUUUUCUACAUUCUUUCUAUAGCAAAGUUAUCAAGAGAGUUACAAGACAUCCCAGAUUAUCAGCAAAACAAAUAGAGACCUAGACAAGUCUGCAGAAACUGCCCCAGAAAUAGUUUUGAAUCUAUAAAUUGUAGAUUAACUCCCCGUAGUCCCAAGAAUGAACAAUUGCAUGGAAUAUUAUUUUUCAGGAAUUUGUUUGCCAUAGUAGUUAUGUGUCACAACAGACAGCAUUCAAUCCAUCAACUUCUCAGGAGUCCAUAAAUCGCACUGUACAACUGAAGCCCUGAAACCCUACAGCCUUGAACAAAAGGAUCGCUUGUUUUUUUUUUUAUUAACAAAAAUAUUCAAGGCAGCUCUUUACAGUCUAAGUAUGUUACUUAGAUUAUUUAUCACUGCAGUUUGUUUCCCUUUUAAAUGAAAGGGAAGAGUUUCACAUUAUUACCCUAUUAUGAGUUUUCUUUCUUCAGCCAUGGUCAUUAAAAAGCAUAAUCUACCACUUCUUUUGAAAAUUUCCUUCACAGUCUCUUCAAGCUGUAACUUGUCUCUUGCUGUGUCCAAUUGCAGUUACUCCCAUUUGAUGUGAUGUGGGAGAUGGGCAUUUUUCUGGUUUUGUGGUAGAGCCUAAAUCCUGGGAUACUGGAUUACAUAAGGACUACAGGCUGUUCACUUAAGUCUCAGUCUUCUUCAUUUUGUAGUAGUAAGUUGGCAUAGUUCCUGGCUUACUCCUUUUCUAAUGUAAGUAUGGCUUUUAAAAUAUUUUUUUUCAGGAUAGAAUUAUGAAUAGGAAGCACAAAGGGAUAUGAAGGGAGGCUGGAAAACUAGGCAUAUGCUUUUUUAUUAUUCUGCCUAGGAAAAUGAAGGCUGAGUUUCCUCCGGUUGACAAAGGUGCAUCAUUAACAUUUAUCUUGCAUUUAUCUUACACACAAUGUGAUAAACGGAACAAGAAUCAUACUUGCCAAUUGGUGCCUUACUCUGAAGUUUAAUAUACCAGUUUAGAGGCUGUUGUACCUUCCUGGAGUAUAAACAGUCUUCCCGAGUGCUCCCUCUAUGAAAUGGUGCAAUAUUUUACCGAUAGGUAUAUUGAUGAAGAGUCCACUCUGAUGGAUUAAAUUUCUGUAGGAUUGUAUCAAGUUGUAUUAUCACUGCCACUUUUGUAUAUUCUUUUUGUAUACUUGUAUUUUACUGCCUUGAAGCAUUAAAAUAAAGAAUUCUUGUUUGA